CAACACACAACAACCACAAACCACAGAGAAUCAGAAUGAAGAAGAGCUCCACUCUGACAACGACAACGUCAAUGCCGACGAGUCCAACGCUCUCGGCACAGACACUAUCCGCCAGCAAGAUCAGCCUGAACAGCAAUAGCAGCAGAUCUGGCGGCUCGGUGGCGGGAUCGAUACGCUCCUCCUGCCAGUCACCGGUUAGGCCGGGCAGCGGCUGCGUGGACGCCAUCAAGGCGAAGCGCGAGGAGAUCGAAAUCGAUACACUACUCGAGAAGGCAAAGUUCUAUACCUCCGUGUGCCUUGGUACGACUGCCAUUUUGUCGGUGUUCACAUUCCUCUUCCUGAUACCCUUCGUAGUGGAUCCCGCCAUCUCAACGAUCAUUGCCGACUAUGAUCCAGUGCCUGUGACCUGCAUAGUAAUCGAUCAUAUCUAUGCGGAAGGCAUCAAGAACUGCAGCUGGAGCUCAUGUCGCGAGGGCUGCACCUCAUCACUCACCAAGUGCCAUCAGUUGUUUGUCAACUAUACGCGCAUUCCGUACAGCGACUGGGAGCGUAAUCCCCGGGACGUGGACACCGUCAACUGGGAUGUUAGCUAUACAAAGUUUCUGAUCAACUCCGAGGGCUGCGGGUAUCCGCCCACGACCAACUGCAGCGUAUUCGCCAGGCAGUAUGGCUUCUCUCAUAUUGGGGAGCCAUUCCCCUGCUACUACAGUCGUGCCUAUCCAGAGGUCGUUAUUGGCCGCUACUCGUGGGAGAACAAUCUGUACCAUUUGGUCCUGUCGCUGAUCAUACCGAAUGUGCUCUUUGCCAUCUCCAUCGGGGUGCUGAGCUACUGGUACUGCCCCUGCUGCGAGAAGGCCUGCAAUAAGUCAUCGCGGGUCUACGCCGAGAAGUUCCCAACCAAGGAAGAGAUCGUUAACUGCAUGAAAUGUAAUACGGAAAAAUCGUUGUCCUUGAAUGUGUUUUGAAAUAUGAGAUCUGAUCGUUGGUUCCCCCCCCCAAAAUGUAUCUAUUUGUGAUAGGUUAAGUGCGACGUUAAAUGCUGAAAUCAAAAGAGUAAUGUCUCUGGCACCACAGUUGUCGCUUGUCGUAGAGAUCCUAACCACCCGCAACAACAACAAAAAUAGCAAGAACAAGAGCAUCCUGAAUUUACCAAAAAAAAAGAAACCCAAAGCGAAUUAAUGUUACUCUGAAGUGUCCUUAGCAAUUAAUGCAUUUCCAUAAUGUUCCAAAUUGUAGACUUAGUCCUUAGCACCUCUCAAGGACACAUCUCUUUCAUACACACUCUGAGCACAUGAUAGGAAUUUCGUAUUCUCACUCAAAAGUACUUCGUACUCAAACAAUUUUUAUAGUCUGUAGCUUUAACUUUUACAAAACCAAAAAAAAUGAAUUUACAAGAGGUUUCUUUCAGGUUUACUCACACGUCCCCAACAUUUUCCUUUUUUUCUAUUUACUAAUCUUCUAAUAUAACAUAGUACAUACAUAUAUCUACAUAUAUAUACUCGUACUCGUAUACAUAUCGAAUGUUUCUCCUAUUUAAUUAAAACUGAUAUUACGCAUAAGAAGAGGGCAUGAGGCUAGGCCUUGGUUAUUUGCAUGCUUUUACUUUGAACCGCUUCUAAUUAUUACUUUCGAUUAUACUUAGUACCUACUCGUAUUCGUAUUGUAUGGCAUGAUCCCCGUAUAUAUACUCUUACUAUAUACAUAUAUAUAUUGCUUUUACUUUCACUAACUCUGACUCUAGAAUUGACUAAGCAACUUUGUUCCAACCCAAUAUAUUCCAAUUCUAGCAAACUUCUGUGUCACAGUGACGAAGAUGAUGAUAUGGAAUACUAGCAAAAAUACAAAUUAGCUAAAGCUAAAGCCCCUAAACAAAUAGCAAACUCAACUUUGUAGUCAGUAUCAGACACAAACAUAGCUUAUACUAUAUAGUUAUAAAAAACCAUAAAAUACAUAAUGAAACGAUCGAAAGAGAAUUACCAUUUGCCAUCUGCCAACUCACACAUCGGACGAUAAAUA